AAUAUAUAAGUGACAAUACUUUGGACGAUUUUACAGAUGAACAGCGCAUAUGUAUAUUUGGGCGAAAUAAAGUUAAAUUGAUUACUAGAAAUACAGCAAUAUAGGCCAACUCCCCUUACUAUGCACGGACCAUGGACAGUUGAGGAACGCAUUCAAGGCGCCACCGUUACCUUCAGAAUCAAACUUUGAACCAAAGCCCAUAUUCGACAAAAUGAGACAUGGGUGUUGUUCGGUGAGAGCUCGACAGCCAUCUUCGGAAACCUGCAUUUAUUUCCACUAGCAGAUGCAGUUUCUUUCAGGAGGAGAGAGAGAGAAAGAGAGAGAGAGAGAGAGAGAGAGAGAGAGAGAGAGAGAGAGAGAGAGAGAGCGAUGGAUGAUGGUGCUCAGACGCAUGAAACUUCCUGUAAAGAUAAAUGGCAACUGAGGUUGACGGCUUGACCACCGAUACCUACACUCCUACUGGCAUACUGUAUUGUGGUUUACAGUAACGAUAAUGUAUCGCUGGUGCAUUUCUGCUUCGUUAAUUAUCUCAAGGGGAGUAGAUGGUACAAUACGGAAUUUUCGUCGGAACAAACAGUAAUUGAGAAGCUGUGCGUUGACUCUUUAAAAGAUUAUUGUAUGUUGUGUUUACACGUCACUCGUGUGACAGUCUACAGUGUGGUAUAAGAUCAUUUUGUCGGUAAUGGAAAGGUGUAGUGAUUAGUUAGCGCUUUCAGUGACGAAGCCAGCCAAAUGGGAAUCACUAUUUUAUGAAACGUUCCGUUUGGGAAAUGUUGAAUGCAUUGCGUCUGUGAUUGUGUAAUGUUUCUUCAAGUAACCGGUUGUUGACUUGUUUAUCUAUAGAAAAAAAAACAACGAAUCUUAUUCACACGAAUGCGAUGAAGAAAACUGUGAAAUCUAAAAGGGUGGCUGAAGGCCUGUUUUCACGAUUUAUGCAUCGUUGAGUCUUCAGUACCCCUUCUAAGAUGCUUCCAUACUCCUUUUUUCAAUAAUCGGAAAUUGGUGUUUUUCGUGUGUUAUAUCCACAUUCAGUUUCCGUGAUCUGAAUUAUCUGUUUUUAGGGAAGUACCCAAGAGAUGGAUUGUGUUGAUUUUGAAUUUUUCAUAAUACAAGGUUGCUAGCUCCUGAGUGUGUCCAAGUAUUCCGAAGUUUGGUGUAGUGUAUGGUAUUGUGAACUUAUGGACAUGAAUUUCAGUAGAUUUUCAAGUACCCUGUAGGUGAUUUAGAAAUGUUGAGUAGAAAUAAUGCAUACAAGAACUUUGCAUGAGGUGUUAUACUGAAAAAUUAACAAUGCAAGAAAGACUCAUCAGUGCUUUACUCCCUAAAAAGAAUAAAUGUUUAAGAUAACUUUUAAGUUAUGUCACCCUGUGUAUGGUGGGACCAUUCCUAGGACUAAACUGCAAUGAAAAUUAAUAACAGAAAGACAACUCAACCGUACUAAUGGCUGAAGACGUAUCUAUUCACCUAGACUUCGGGUUGAACAUAGACACUGAGUACUGGACACCCAGCCAUAUAUACAACUGGCUGACAGAGUUGGAGUGGUGGCAGUGGCUCAUCAUCUUGAAGGUCAUGCUCGUCUUUUGGAUCCUCUGCGUCACCAUCAUCAUACCUUCCAUUUACAUGCAGGUGUUGCUUUACACAGACGAGAUGACGUCCAGGAUGCUGCACGUUCCUGCAUCAUCAUUGCAGGAGAUCGGUAGACUUGUUCAGUGGGCCAUUACUCGUUACUCCAGUAUGCAGAAGAGUGAUGAAUUUUGGAAGCAUAGAAGAAAACACAUGAUGGACAACACAAGCUCUCGCCGACGAAAACAGCCCAGGAUCAGAAAGGCCAAGACACCUGGGAGAUGAUAGAUUAGAAAAUAUGGUUCCUUAGUGUUCACAUUGUACAUAAUAUGCUCUUCCUCGUAACCAAAUGCUUUAUGGGUACGAUCCUGUG